CUCAAAGACAUCCUGGUUUCGGCUUUUACGUUGUGUCUUCGGGGUGUAGCCUAGGACUUCUAUUGUUUCGCCAGCCCAAGGGCGCAACCGAUAUCGGACGCCUUCGCCGCCCAAAUCUGUAAUCGCAUUUGGUUCAAAUAACGUUUAGUGAUCGCCUUGUAGCCGCCAUCCAUCCUCCUGCUGCUCGGGCCCUUACCUAGACGUCGGAAAAAUGGGAAUUCUCGAAAAAAUUAAGGAGAUCGAGGCGGAAAUGGCCCGGACGCAGAAGAACAAGGCCACUGAGUAUCACUUGGGCCAGCUGAAGGCCCGCCUGGCCAAACUUCGAACGGAGCUGCAGGCGCCUUCCACCAAAGGAGGCGGCGGCGAGGGAGGCUUUGAAGUCCAGAAGUACGGCGAUGGCCGGGUGGCGCUGAUCGGUUUUCCCUCCGUUGGUAAAUCGUCGCUGCUGACGCUGCUGACGGGCACCGAGUCAGAGGCGGCGGCGUACGAGUUCACAACCCUGACCUGCAUCCCUGGAGUGAUCCACUACAACGAUUCUAAGAUCCAGCUGCUGGAUCUGCCGGGAAUUAUCGAAGGAGCUGCGGAGGGCAAGGGCCGCGGUCGCCAGGUCAUUGCGGUGUGCAAGAGCGCCGACUUGCUGCUGAUGGUGCUGGACGCAACCAAGCCGUUAUAUCACAAACAGAUUCUCACUCGUGAGUUGGAGGCUGUUGGUAUCCGGCUCAACCGGCAACCCCCCAACAUCUACUUCAAGAAGCGCAAGACGGGCGGCAUCUCCAUCAACUCCACCAUCCCGCUCACCAACCUGGAUGAUAAGCUCAUUCAGAGGGUGCUGCAGGAGUACAAGCUCCACAACUGCGAGCUGCUGUUCAAGGAGGACUGCACCGUGGAUGACCUCAUCGAUGUUAUUGAGGGCAACCGGCGCUAUAUCAAGUGUCUGUACGUCUACAACAAGGUGGAUAUGUGCAGUUUGGAGGAGGUGGACGAGAUUGCCCGCUGGCCCAACUCCAUCCCCAUCUCCUGCUCCCUAAAGCUCAACCUGGGAGGCCUGCUGGAGCGUAUCUGGGACAUGAUGGCGCUGGUCCGGGUGUACACUAAGAAGGUGGGCGCCAAGCCCGACUUUGCGGAGCCAGUGGUGCUGACCAGUGACCGAGGGGGCACAACGCUGGAGGCGCUGUGCAGGCAGAUCCACAACAGCAUGGUGCAGCAGUUCAAGUACGCACUGGUGUGGGGCACCUCCUCCAAGCACUACCCACAACGUUGCGGCCUGAGUCACCAACUAGAAGAUGAAGACGUGGUACAGAUUGUGAAGAAGAAGGUCAACACGGGCGAGGACGGCCGAGGGCGCUUCAAGACCACCUCCGAUAAACCGCUGCGGAUAGCAGACCGCGAAAAGAAGCCCACGCUAAAGACGUGA